AUGGACCGCAUUGCUGCCCGCGACAGUGCGAGGCGCUGGCCACCAAACCGAAAGGACUGUGGUCUCAUCGAAGAACCAGUGAACAACGAGUACGCUUCACUGCCGGGAGCUCACGCCUACGCUUCGACCAACUCGAGUACUCAAGCCUCAGGAAGCCAGCAGGAAUAUACGGCACGGGAUGUGAGCUUCCAGUAUCCUUGGCACUCGGAGCAAGAUCAAGGCCAGCCGAGGAGCAAAACGUGGAGGAAACGCGCAGACCUAGUACCGGCAAGGCCACCAAAGCGCAUCGCAUUCCGCUCCAGCUCCAGCUUUGGCUCCACCUCAGACGCCGUAUUAUGGGCAGGGGCCGAUAGCGAUACCGCCAUCCACACCUUGGGUAAUCAACAGCCGGCCCCGAUACAAACUCAGGCCCCGAAUGCCCAGCCUGCCGCAUCCCAAAUACAAACACAUGCUCCUGUCGAAACACAGUCGGGUGGGCCUAACCAGAAGACGCGCCAGGCGAAGAUAGCGGCUGAUGCUAUAGAACAGAACGGCACAGUGCAUCCUAACGGCGAGAAGUGCAAAGGCUGCGAGAAGUGA